GUGGUAGGCGGUAAGAUCGCACUCAAAACGAUGAUGUAUUCAUUUGGGUGCACGGCAAGAAACUGCAGUUUGAACACAAUCUCAGGGUCCAAGCCGAGGAAGAGGAGUGUCCUUCUAUGGCGGACGCGGGAAGCUUGCAACAGACCCAGCUCAUCCAGCGAUUAACACAUGUCUGCCGCUAUGAUCGUCUGGAAAGACCUUUUGAAUAUGACUCUGAUGGAAAACGUCUGCCCAUUGUGGUGAAGACGCGUAUCUACGUGUAUUUCCUGCAGAACCUCAACUCCGACCUGCUGCAGUUCAAGAUGCACGCGCUGCUGCAGCUGCGAUUCCAGGACAAGCGGCUAGCUUACAAGGCGUUCAAUCGCAGCGACAACAUCCUGGGCCAGAAGCACCUGAGCGAGCGCCUCUGGCUGCCGCACAUCUUCUUUGCCAACGAACGGGAGUCCAGCAUCCUGGGCACGGACGAGAAGGACGUCCUGACUUCGCUUUCGCCCGAGGGAAACGUGAUCAUCUCCACGCGCAUGCAGGCCAGUCUCUACUGCUGGAUGAACUUCCAGAAGUUUCCCUUUGACCAGCAGUUCUGCUCCACGGUCCUGGAGAGCUGGAUGUACAACACUUCCGAUUUAAUUCUGGAGUGGGAGCCGCACACACCCAUCUCCUUUGAUCCGGAAAUGAGACUCACUGAGUACAAUAUGGCCCAGUUCUGGCACAACACUACGAUUGUGGAGUCGGAUGGGAACAAUCUGCGGCAUGGGGCUUUUGCUGGUAACUAUAGUUCGCUGAGCUUCACGGUCAAUCUCAAGCGAGAAAUUGGCUUCUAUCUGCUCGACUACUACCUGCCCUCCAUGAUGAUCGUGGCCAUCUCUUGGGUGUCCUUCUGGUUGCAGGCGGACGCAUCUCCUCCGAGGAUUAUGCUAGGGACCAGCACCAUGUUGUCGUUCAUCACGCUUUCCUCAUCGCAGAGCAAGAACCUGCCCAAGGUGAGCUACAUAAAGGUGUCGGAGGUGUGGUUCCUGGGCUGCACCUUCUUCAUCUUCGGCAGCCUGGUGGAGUUCGCCUUCGUCAACACCAUUUGGCGCCGCAAGGAGAACAUUGAGCUGAAGAAGGUCAACAGCAAGUACAUCAUAAAAUCCACAUUGACACCACGACCGGCCCGUCGUCAAAUUGGCGGAAGUUUGAGCAACGAAUCUAGGGCGAGAUCGUGUUCCAGUUUGGACAACAUUGUGUCCAGCACGGAGAGCGUGCGGAAUGGCAAUGGCACUGUGAAUCAGGGCUUCAACAACUACCUGACAGUGCACCCCAAUUUGCCCAUCAUAAGAACGGAGUGCGCAGAGGCGGAUACAGUGUCUAUCUGCAGUGCGCGUACGAACAAUGAUCACAUCGUGGAUGUGGACAAGGAUAAAAAGGACACGCCGCCCACUUUCACCACCAUGACACCGCAGGAGAUCGCCAUGUGGAUAGACCGGCGGUCUCGAUUUCUUUUUCCGGCCAUGUUCCUCGCCUUCAACGCUCUGUAUUGGACCUUCGUCUAUGUUUUGUAAGCGGAUGUGGGCAGAUGCCGCCGCUUAUGUGAAAUCUUGUCUAUUUGUGUAGUCCUGCUCGCGCAAAUAAUUGUUAAAUUGUAAGAUGCAUCAUCUCAUAGCUGUAUAAAUGUUAAUCAUUAAUAAAGGAAUAAACUUAAUCUCAACAUUGUUAAAAAAGGGUAAUAUGACAGGAA